AUGUCGCUGCACUCGGUCACCACUGACCAGCCGGAGAAGCGUUCCACCCUCUCGCCUUCUCAGUCUCCGCAAUCUGACUCUGAACGUGCAAUCAACACCGGCGGACGGGUGGAGCGCAUCAAGCGGAAGAUCACUACAAGACAUGGAUGGCUUGGGGACUACGACUACGUGUGGCUUUGCAUGCCUAGUCUUCCUUGGAGGCGCGGAGGCAGGAGAACGAAGACUGGCCCCCCGUUCUAUGCACUCGACUCCGAGCUACCUCUUGUUCUUGCUGCAGCAAGCGGGCUGCAACAUGCCCUUGCUAUGCUCGCGGGUUUGAUCACCCCGCCGAUCAUCUUCGCGAGUGCGCUCAACUUGGACUCCGAGCUCUCCGCCUACAUGAUUUCUGCGUCGCUCAUCGGCUGUGGUAUCCUCAGCUUGGUGCAGAUGUCUCGGUUGCACCUGUUCGGAGGGUACUAUCUUGGGACUGGCCUCAUCUCUGUUGUGGGGACAAGUUUCGCUACACUGAGUACCGCAAAUGCGAUAUUCAACGCUAUGUACGCGGAUGGAACAUGUCCGUCUACGACUGCUGCGGAUGGGACGGUCACGCGAGGACCGUGUCCAGACGCCUAUGGCAAGGUGCUGGCAGGGACGUCGCUCAUCUGCGCUUUCUUGGAAAUCUUCAUGUCGUUCAUCCCGGCUCGGGCACUGAAGCGAAUAUUCCCGCCCAUGGUCACAGGCACCGUCAUUGUGAUGAUUGGCGCCUCUCUCGUUGGUUCGUCUGGUAUGCCCAACUGGGGUGGAGGAUCCAGCUGCAUGAGCCGCCCGACCUCCGGAUUCUUCCAGCUUUGCCCAAACAUCUCUGCACCGCGGCCACUUCUUUGGGGUUCACCGGAAUUCAUCGGCCUCGGUUUCUUGUCCUUCGUCAGCAUCAUCCUUACCGAGCUAUUCGGAUCGCCCUUCCUCAAGAAUAUCUCCAUCAUCGUCGGCUUGGCGGUCGGAUGUAUUGUCGCUGGAGCGGUAGGAUAUAUCGAUGGAAGCAGCAUCAAAACUGCUCCUGCGAUCACUUUCCUAUGGGUACAUACGUUCAAGAUUGGUGUAUAUCCCCCUGCUAUUCUUCCUAUGCUGGCCGUCUACGUCUCCCUUGCCAUGGAAGCGAUCGGCGACGUCACCGCUUCCGCCGAGGUCUCCCGUGUUGCCGUCGUCGGGGAGGAGUUCGAUAGCCGUAUCCAGGGUGGUGUUUUGAGCGACGGUAUCGGUGGCUUCCUCUCAGCGCUAUUCACUGUGACGCCGCUUUCCAUCUUCGCCCAAAACAACGGCGUCAUCGCGAUCACCCGCUGCGCGAACCGAACAGCAGGUCGUUUCUGUUGCCUCUUCCUUAUCCUCUUCGGCGUCCUCGGCAAGAUCUCGGGCGUCUUCCUGGCCAUACCCAACCCCGUCCUCGGAGGCGUGACGACCUUCCUGUUUGCCACCGUAGCGACGUCCGGCAUCCGCGUGUUGUCGUACAACCGCUUCACUCGACGUGAUCGCUUCGUCCUUGCGGCCGCCAUGUCCUUCGGCGUGGGCGAUCUCCUCGUCCCGACGAUCUUCACGCAUCUAUUCGACGGCGUCAAGCACCCGAACAAGGGUCUGCAAGGUCUAUUCGACUCGAUCACUAUCGUCCUCUCUACCCCUUUCCUGGUUUCUGGUCUGGUGGCUCUGGUACUCAACCUGAUCCUACCCCAAGACGACAUGGAUGACGACGACGACGACGUUGUGGAGGUCGUGGACGACGUCGAGGCGCACCCCCAUAGCAAAGAGAAAGCAGCUGUCUAG